AUGAAUAACGACUCCGAAGAAGUCCGUUUCCCCGGAACGUUGGCUGGCAUGAACAGCGUGAUUCGGCAAACCGCGUUGGCCUUGUUGAACCAGAAGUUAGCGGAAUGUGAGCGAUCUCUGGAGAGUUCCAAUCAGUUGAAGAACACCCUUUCGCAGCAGGUUCUUGGCCUGCAGAAGGCUGAGACAGAAUGGAGCAAGCUCGAACGAGAAAUGAGGGAUGAGCUAGUGAUGCUACGCAAAGGUAAGGACUACUUCACUUUAAUUUUGUUAUUGGUAACACUUCCCAAUCGGCUGCUCACUUCCGAAGUCGAAGAAUUGAAACGAAAACUUGUGCGAGCGGAAGUGGAGAAGAAGGAAGUGGAUGGAUUCCGAGCUCGACUUGAUCGAGAAGUGGCGUCAUUGAAGAAGCACAUUGAAGCUCUCGAGCAAGAAAAAACGCGUACGGAUGCCGCUGUUCGAAACACUCUCAGUGAGCGGAAGGCAAUCGACAAAUCAUUAGCCGCUAUGGAAAAGGAAAAUUCAGAACUGUAUAGAAAUUGUGCCCAGUUGCAGUCUCAGAUUGCUCAACUUGAACGUGAUGCUGGAAGUAGAAAUGUGACGAAGAUGCUCAAAGAUCAGAGCGAAUUAGAAGCGAGAAUAUCUAAAUUGAUUGUAGAAAAGCGGCAGCUUGAAAUGGUCAUUGAGCAAAGGGAGAUGAACUUCACGCAUAAACGUAAGCUGUUGGAAUCGCAAUUGUCCUUGCUUCGAGACCAGCUAGAGGCAGAAAAGAAGCGACGCAUCGAACUGCAACAACGCGACGCAAGAGCUGGAGCAGGAACUGUGACAGAUGGAGCCGGACCAGAACGUCAUUUCACUCGCGCCUCGGAUCUCCGCUCGAGCCGAUCGAAGUCGAUUCAACGGCACAAAAGCCCAUUUCGGGUAUGA